CGACAAUGAAAAAUGUAUAAUGAGAUUGGAAAAGGGAGAGAGAGUGAGUGAUCGUAAUCGCCUGUUCUUCAUUUUGAUUCAAACACGAUACGAUCUUCAUCGAUUAUCAGAAAAAAUGACAGGUGAACCAGUGAAUGUGAAUGAGUUUCAAGAACUAGCAAAACAAUCCCUUCCAAAGAUGUAUUAUGAUUUCUAUACCGGAGGUUCUGAGGAUCAAUACACACUGAAACAGAAUGUUCAAGCCUUUAGCAGAAUCAUUAUUCGCCCGAGAAUUCUCGUAGAUGUUAGCAGAAUAGAUAUGUCAACUACGAUAUUAGGUUAUAAUACUUCAUCUCCGAUUAUGAUUGCUCCAACUGGUUUACAUAAAUUGGCUCAUCCUGAAGGAGAGGUUGCAACUGCAAGAGCUGCAGCAGCUUGUAACACAAUAAUGGCUUUAUCGUUCACGUCAACCUGCACAGUGGAAGAAGUAGCUUUGAGCUGCAAUGCUGUUCGGUUUUUCCAGUUAUAUAUUUACAAGAGACAUGACAUAUCAGCUCUGAUGGUGCAAAGGGCCGAAAGAAAUGGGUUCAAGGCUAUCAUCCUUACUGUUGACACUCCUAGACUCGGCCGGAGGGAAGCAGACAUAAAGAACAAAAUGAUCGCGCCUCAGCUGAAGAACUUGGAAGGCCUCUUAUCGACUGAAUCAGAUUCUGAUGAUGGUUCAAAACUUGAAGCGUAUGCGUCUAAAACUCUAGAUCCCUCUCUGUGUUGGAAGGACAUAGAAUGGUUACGAUCCAUUACAAGCUUACCAAUUCUGAUAAAGGGUGUGUUGACAGCUCAAGAUGCAAUUAAAGCGGUUGAAGUUGGAGUUGAUGGACUUAUUGUCUCUAAUCAUGGAGGACGACAAUUAGAUUUUGUUCCAGCAAGUAUUGAUGUUCUUGAAGAGGUGGUUAAUGCUGUUGGAGGGAAAGUCCCGGUUCUCUUUGAUGGAGGAGUAAGGCGAGGAACUGAUGUUUUCAAGGCAUUGGCUCUUGGUGCAAAAGCUGUAUUGGUUGGAAGGCCAAUUUUGUAUGGAUUGGCAGCAAAGGGUGAAAAUGGUGUUAAAAGAGUAGUUGAAAUGCUAAAGAAUGAACUUGAGCUAACCAUGGCCUUGUCUGGUUGUCCUACUCUAAAAGACAUUACUAGGAAUCAUGUGAAGACAUACCUUGACAGACUCAAUUGCAGGUUAUGAAAAAUCCAACCUAAAAACCCAAAAAUGUCAGCUUAUUAACUUGGCCAAUUGUAAAAACAAUAUGUUUAAAUAAAGUAAU